CUUCUUCUUUCUUUCUCCCUGGUAUUCAAAACUUUUUGACUAUCACAUAAUGUCCAACUUUUACUGGAAAGCAGGAAGUCUUUUAGGGUUAUCGUCUGUUGGUUUGGCAGCUUUUGGGACACAUGGUCUUGCAAAAUAUGUCAACAAUGAUACUACAAAGAUUGGAAAUUGGAAAUUGGCUGCUGAACUACAAUUUAUGAAUGCAGUAACCUUACUUGUAUUAUCUUCCAUCCCUCCUUCUGUCCGACGAAUCCAUCCUGCUGCUAUGCCUUGUAUACUAGGUGGUGCUUUGGCUUUUAGUGGAUCAAUUUAUCUUUUAACUCUUAAGAGAGAUCAAUUCCGUGCCUUGGGCCCUGUCACUCCUCUUGGUGGAUUAAGUAUGAUGGCUGGGUGGGCAUGUCUUCUUUUGUGAUAUCUUUUUUUUUUUUAAUCACAUGUAGCUAGUUAUCUUUAUUUCUAAUUCGUUUGUUUAUAUAUGAAUAAAGUCAAAUAAUCCUUCAUGAUUAUGUACGUUGUGAAUACCUAUAUGGUUUUUAUAAUCUUCA